UUUCUUACAAUGUUAGAAAAGAACCUUCCUGAAGUCACCACAUAACCGCCGACACUCUUCUACAAUAGGGCCAAUCACCAUUACAUGAUCUACGUUGAGAUUAAGAGCAUCCACAACGAUCAAAUUAUUCAUAUGCACGACGAUAGAGCUACCUCCAAUCAAGAGAGCGAGCUUCAAGCCCUCGGUUAGAGCAGCCACUUCAGCCGAAAAAGCGCCCACGACAUGUUCUAGCUUCGCUGUUGGAUUUUGGUGCUCCCUAAUUUGGUGCAUUUGUUUGUACGUAGCCCAUGAAAUUUGGAUGGCGAAUUGUGUUAGGGUCAUUCAUCGGAUUCUUCGGGGCAGCAUUUGGCAGCGUUGGUGGAGUAGGCGGAGGCGGGAUCUUCGUUCCAAUGCUAACGUUGAUCAUUGGCUUUGAUCUGAAGUCAUCAGCAGCGAUGUCAAAAUGUAUGAUCACGGGAGCUACUGUUUCAACCGUGUAUUGCAAUCUCAAGCUGAAACACCCAACUUUGGACAUGCCAAUGAUAGACUAUGAUCUAGCCCUCCUCAUACAGCCCAUGCUCAUGAUGGGGGUUAGCAUUGGAGUUAUUUGCAAUGUGAUAUUCCCCGACUGGCUUGUCACGGUCCUCUUGAUCAUCCUCUUUCUAGUUACUUCGGUUAAAUCUUUUCUGAAGGGUGUUGAAGCAUGGAAGAAAGAGACGGUGAUAAGAAGGGAGGCAAAGGCAAAACAACUAGAGCAAUCUAAUGAAGAUACUAGAUAUACGCCACCGCCUACAGGACCCGAUCCUGCAUCUGACACAAAAAAAAACCCACAGAUGAAGCGGUAUCCAUUUGGAAGAACAUUUACUGGAAGGAGUUUGGCCUUCUGGCGUCCGUUUGGGUAGCAUUCCUUACACUUCAAGUCACCAAGGUGAUAAACUAAUUCUCUGGUCUACUUCAUGUUUUUUAUGUCAAUGUACAUUUGUUUUUAUAUAUAAGACAUUGGGCUCCACGCUCUAAUUCUUAGUUUUUUCCUACCUUAUCUAUUAAAUAUGAAUAAGCAACCUGAAUCUACACAUGAGAUAUUGAAAAUUGGAGAAUACUACCAGAACCCGAUAUUAAAUUCCAAAUACCCUUUUGUGUAUAUCCUCGCCAGAUAGGAAUCAAGCAAAUAUGCCCUUUUUGUCUAUUAUAUUUAGCCAUGUGGCUAUCAUUAUUAAUUAUUAUGUAAUAAAACUCGUGUUUUAUACACAAAAUCGUUUGCCAAGCCAUGCCAAUACAAGACUUAGUGCUUACACUUCCCUCACAAAAUUUUAAAAAUGUGGAUUGGUCCUUAUGGUGUCACAAUGCCAGUGCAAUUACAAUAAAGCUAAAGUGCUUCGCACCAACCUUAACAAACAGUUUAUCUGUCACACGUGUAAGUUGUAAAUUUCAACAAUAGCAAAAUUUAGAAAGAGUGGUAAUAUUCCUUAGCUAACAAGAUAACAUGGUUUCAUAAUAUUCAAGACAAUGGAAAAGGAUGGACAUAAUUUAAGGUGGGGUGAGCUCCUUCACUUGCCCAGCUCAGCCAACAGAAAGAUGAUCCAACAUCCCAGACUACAAGACUGCUUCCUCACCGUUUCACUUCCCCUAUCAGACGUAGGAACUCGACCUAGCCAGCGAUGCAUACAUAUAUAAUAAAUUUUUGGUACAAUAUUAGGUAGCGCGGCUGCCCCACCUUAUCCAAUGGGGUGCUCCACCCGUGACUCUAGAUAAAUCAGGGUGACAGUCAAAGUUUUAUCUUUUUAUGGCCCAGUAAAUCAUUCGAGAAUAUAAUACAUGUUUGAUAAAACAAUAGCAUGACAAUGCAUCACAAAAUAUUAGAUCAAGGUGAUCAAGGAGAGGUAAGAUGCCUUUGUGAUGAUCUAGUCAACUUCUUUGUUAUCUUGUCCUAGUUCAACAUUGUCACCUACUUACCAUAAAAGCAAACAUAAGCAAAUGUCGGGG